AUGGUGCAGCUGCUGAUGGAGCGCAAGGCGCGCGUUCCCGUCGCUGACAGCCGCGGCGACACCGCGCUGCACAUCGCCAUGCGCGCGCGCUCCAAGCAAAUCGUAGAAAUCCUUUUAAGGAACCCGAAGAACAGCCAACUGCUAUACAAACCUAACAAAAUGAACGAAACGCCGUACAACAUCGACAUGAGCUACAACAAGACCAUCUUGGGCCAGAUAUUCGGCGCACGUAAAUUGAACACGAAUGAAGAUAACGAGAACAUGCUCGGCUACGAGCUGUACAGUGCGGCUUUGGCUGAUAUGCUAUCAGAGCCUAGUCUUUCAGUGCCGAUUACAGUGGGUUUGUUUGCUCGCUGGGGGUCUGGCAAGUCGUUUUUACUUAACAAAUUAAGGGAGGAGAUGAAGAACUUUGCGCGGCAAUGGAGCGAGUCGGGGUGGGCAUGGUCAUGGGCGGUGGCGUGGGGCGCGUGGCACGGCGCGCUGGCGCUGGGCGGAGUGGCCGCCCUUGCCGGAGCGCCGCCGCACCUCGCCGCUGGACUCGCGUUCGUGCUCUUCGCCGCCGCUUACUUGGCCGCCUACCUGCUCUGGCACCUCGGCAACAGGUACGAGUGGUGGUGGGCUGGCGGUAUGAUGUCAAAUCUGGGCCGCCGGUUUAACUCGCUGUUGUUGGUUUUACAAGUAGUCUUCUGUCACCCGCCCGGACCGAACGAUCCACGCGCGCUUCCAGCUACUCCUAUAAGGUUCCACUUCACGGAGGGCAUGAAGAGCGGCGCGGGGCAGGAGGGCGAGGCGAUGGUGGUGCAGAUGAUCGGCAGCCUGGCCGAGGCGCUGGAGAGUCAGUACGGCCGCGUGUGCACGCGCCUCGCGCGCGCCUUCACGCCCAAGCCCGUCUCCUCCACAUCCGGCUGGAGGUGGAGGCGAGCGUGUUGCAUUCCUCACAUCGUAACAUUUGAAAUAAUCUUCACAUGUCUGCUCGUCGGCCUGUGCGUGCUUAUCAUGUACUUAACUGAAACGGACGCCGAUCAGCAACGGCGUAACCUGCAGCAGGGGCUGGUGAUCGCCGCAUGCGCGGUGGGUGGCGCGGCGCUGCUGGCCAACGCGUACAGCGCGGCGCGCGCGCUCGCCUCGCUCGCACUACCGCCGCGCGCCCGCCUCACGCGCGCGCUGCGCCGUGACGCGCACGCGCUGGCGCUGCGUCCCGAGGUGCAGGCGCUCACCGACAUGGUGUCGUGCUUGGAUGCGUUCACCGGGCAACAGACGCGGCUGGUGGUAGUGGUGGACGCUCUCGACAGUUGUGAACAGGAGAAAGUCCUCGCCUUACUUAACGCCGUUCACGCACUUUGCUCUGAUCCCAAAAGCCCCUUUAUUCUGCUGUUGGCUAUUGAUCCACACAUUAUUAGCAAGGCGGUAGAAAUAAACAGCAAGCGUGCGUUCUCGGAGAGCAACAUAGGCGGAUGGGACUACUUACGAAACAUGGUGCAAUUACCCUUCUACCUACAAAACUCGGCGCUACGCAGAGUCAAGACCGCCCAGCAGACCGCCGCCAAGCGCAUGCAGUCCAUUGCAGCUGACGAUUUUUCUACUUCGUUGCAGAGAUCAGUAUCGGCUCGGCGACUAUCGUCCACGUCCGAGCUGAUGACGAGCCAGGAGCGCAUAAAGGGGCAGGCGACUAAGGAGAGCGCUCGCGCGCGUCGGCUGCGGCCGUCGGAGUCGCUGGCGUCGUCCGUGGCGUCGGGCCUGCACCGCGCCAUGCCCAGCGCCGGCGCCGCGGACCUCGGCCGCGUGCUGCUCACCGACGACUACUUCAGCGACGUCAACCCGCGCAGCAUGCGCCGCCUCAUGAACGUGCUCUACAUCACUGGACGAUUGCUGAAGGCCUUCCAAAUAGAAUUCAACUGGUACCAACUAGCGUCGUGGGUCAACUUGACGGAACAGUGGCCUUUCCGUACUUCAUGGAUUAUUUACCAUCACGAAACCUAUGAAGAACACAUAGACGAUUCAACUUCGUUAAAACAUAUUUUUGAGAAAGUGAAGCCGGCGCUGGGGCGCGCGCGCGAGGCGGGCGCACUGCAGGAGCUGGACCGCGACGAGCGCAAGCUGGAAGUGUUCCUCGCCUUCCAUCGCGCCACGCUCACCGCCGCCGACCUCAAGAUCUUCCUGCCCUUCACCAUCAACCUAGACCCCUACAUCAAGAAAGUUAUCAAAGAAGAACAGCUACAGACUGGAGCGGAAGAAGAAACGCUAGUAGCGACUCUACCUUGGGGUCAACAAAACAUGCGCCAUCCACAUUCCAAGUUGUUGCCCGGGAAAAAACAGAGGAUGACGGUCGGACAGCCGCUGGGCCCGAACCCGGCGCCGCCGCUGUGGGUGGGCUGGGCGAACACACAGUACACGCAACUGUCACAAAUGCCGCAAAUGCAACAAAUGUCACAAAUUCCACAAACCGGACCGCCGCUAGCCGCCAACCCCAUCACAUUGCUAAAAACUGCUUUCCCGAAUCUGGGAGACGUGGGCGCGGUGCGGCUGUCGACGCUGAGCGCGGAGCGCGCGGGCGCGCUGGUGCGCGCGGCGCUGGGGUCGGCAGGCACGGCGGCGGCGCGCGCUCUGCUGCACCACCACGUCAGCGGGCUCGUGCUCGCCGCCUGCCACCUCGACGAACUCAAACCGAUUCUAGACUUGCCAUUCGGUGACUGGGAAUUAUUCAAAUUGCUCAUUACAAACCUUCGAGAACUGGAAGCAGGAUUGCCUCUUAAUACCCCCGCUGUGCAAGUAAUUCCUGAGAAAUCUACUGAAACAGAAACAGAACCAGUGAAGCCACGAUCCGUGUUAGAACAUCAGCGCAGUCGUCCAUCUAAUGUUGAAAAACAGGUGACCCUGGAGGAACAGAUGAUCUGCGGCGCGCUGCAGACGCUGAACGAGGAGGCGCUGGAGGACGUGCUGCAGUCGGAGCCGGCGCCGCAAGAGGAGGAGAGCGCGGCACAGGUGCGCCUAGCGCGCAGCGGCGGCUCGUGGGCGGGUAGCGUGGCGGGUGGCGGGGCAGGCGGCGAAGCAGGCGCCGCCGGCCGCGACCCUUCCAUCCUAAAGAGCAGCAGCUUCCGCACACGCCGCCAUGCCGACCCGCCCGCCGUCACCUUCAACGUAGAGAACGAGGAGGACUCUGACGACGGCCAGAUCACGUUCAGCGCUCCGCCGCGGCCCGCCGUGCACUACCGCGCGCACGCGCACGAGCCGCCGCGCUCGCGGCCCUCGUCGCUGCUCGUUGCCGGCGACGAGCCGCACGAAGCCGACGACCGGCUCACCACGCGCUCCCGAUCGGUAGACGACUCAACCAAAACGGGCUCGCCGAUCGUCGACCUCAAGCUCAGGAGCCUCAAGAGGACGGCGGAAAUAUUGAAGAAGGUCGGCUCCGCAGAGCGGUUGACGCGGUUCAAGGACAAGCUGAUGUCGCGCGGCAACGGGUCGCGCGAGCGGAGUCCGUCGCGCGAGGACGCCGGAAGCGACGACGAGUCCGCGCCGCUCGUCGGCUCGCCGACGACCGUCGCCUCCGCUUCGGAAAUUCGACGCGACGCUUCGACACGAUCGUCCAGUUCCAACUCUUCCCCGCUUGUCGCCUCCUCGCACUCCAGGACGUAUCUGACGUCACCGACCAAAACACCGAUCGGAGUGGACUGCAGAGAUCGUAGCUUACAAGACGUCACUGCGAGUACAGAUUUUUCCCCGCGAUCGGAUAUCACCGACUUGGAAUCACCGCGCGAAUGUGCAACCGAAUUUGAUCACUUGCCGGUAUGUAAGUCGGGAGAUGAAAAAUUUAUGGUAAAAACGGAAACGCGCAUUGAACGGCAGGACAGCGGUACAUCUAUCUCAAAUAUGGUAGAACCAUACAACAUGUUUUUACUAGCCCAUGGAACGUCAGAAAAUUCCCGAACUCUUUGGCGACAGAAUGCGCUCGACUCUGGUCCACCGUGGCCAUGGGAUGAACCAGAUUCCGCAGUUUGA